UGCCCGUUAAUUAAAUACUCUCGGCGUGGCAACGGUCCCGAUUAACAAUGGAGCAAACCGAAGUCAUGAAACCUGAAACACUAGAAGAUUUGAUUAAGAUUUUGCACAAGCUCUUUGAAGGUGAUAGCAUUAAUGUUGAGGAGGUGCAGAAUAUUAUGGAAUCUUAUGAGAGUAAACCGCACGAAUGGAUGAAGUACGCGAAAUUCGACCAGUUCAGGUACACCAGGAACCUGGUGGACGAGGGGAACGGAAAAUUCAAUCUCAUGAUCCUCUGCUGGGGUGAAGGUCACGGCAGCAGCAUCCACGACCACACAGACUCCCACUGCUUCAUGAAGCUGCUCCAGGGCCAGCUGAAGGAGACGCUGUACGAGUGGCCGGACCGCAAGUCACAGGGAGAGAUGAGGCAGAGGUCCCAGAGGAUCCUGCAGGAGAACCAGUGCGCGUACAUAAACGACUCCCUGGGCCUGCACCGCGUGGAGAACGUUAGCCACACGGAAAGUGCCGCCAGCCUGCACCUCUACAGCCCCCCCUUCCAGCACUGCCAGACCUUCGACCAGCGCACGGGACACAAAAACGUGGUCAAGAUGACGUUCUGGAGUAAAUACGGAGAAAGGACUCCAUUUGAAACCACAGUUUCACAGGAAAACAACUAGGCCACCGGAGUCAAAAAGCAACUGUACGAACACGGCUGCGGAAAAUUCUGGUGAAAGGAGACCGGCAAAAAAAAUAAAUAAAUAAAUAAUAAAAAUAUACGAGCGAGCAAAGCGAAAAAAACAGCCCACUCUUCGACAAAUUGCGAGGGUCAGUUGAAAGGACGCGUCGGUAAUUGGAGCUGCUUUAUCGCGGCCCGGUGUACGCUUGGCAAACGCUGAUGAAUGCGGGGCGGACAAGUGAAUAGCGGCAUUAGGUUGAGCGACGGAAUGAAUCUGCUCUUUGUUUGCUAGGCUGGAGGAAGCCCCUUGCCAAUAACGGCAUUCCUAUGUUUCUGUGACCUGUGUAAUUACACCUUUGUACUGUUAUGGGGGAUGAAAGUGGUGGACGUGUAUAAUGUAAAAGUAGAGAAAAAAAAGAGCGUGCGUCUGGUCGCAGUCAUGCAUGCUGACAACAUGUAAAAACGAUUAUCUGCAGGCCUUCUGUGAUCAAUAUUGUUCUUUUACACACAAUUGAGCACUUUUAAGAUGUAUUGAUUUUUUUUUUUUUAAACGUAAAUUGUUUUAACAUUUGUUUAAAAUGUACAGACAUAGCAAUUCAUGAACAAGCGGAAAUUUAAAAUGGUAGCAUUAAAGCUUUUUAGAUGUACUAUUUUGAAAUGCAAUACAGGUAAUUUAUAUUUACAAAACAGAUUAUUUUGGUGUUAAUUGGUUUUUGUUACUUGAGUACCACGCCCGGACAUUUGUUUUGAUAAGUAUUAGUAGAGGUGAAUUAUAGGUUUGUAUGACUGCCUCUGGAUUUUUAGAGCGUUAUAAUAGCCGGUUAAAAUAAUGACUGUAUGUGGAAUGAGUUGUUCUGUAGAACAAGACUCUCGUUCUUCCUCUCUCUCAGGUCUUUUGCUAAUUUUGUAAUUGUAGCUAUAUUUACAAACGCUUUUUCGCAGUGCAAGAGAAUAAAAUCAGUAUCUAUUUUAAUGUAUAUUCUGGCUGACUUUGAUCAUGGAAUGACCUGCUGUGAGUGUAAACCAUUAAAUAUUUCCUCUUGUCAAA